AUGGUCAAGUCUAUAGCGGAUAUUUACAAUGAAAUGGGGGCCUAUAAGGAAGUUGUCUACAAUCCCCCUGUCGACGCGAAGCUUGUCACAGAGACGCUGGUGCGACAGUUACUGGAAUGUGCCGAUUUCAUACCUCAUUAUGCUGAGUUGAUGGUGUUUUGGGCUAGAUUGGGCAAAGAAAUUGGGCUUGAAACUUACGUGGCCGUUCAGCGCUUCCAAGGAGUUCUCAGUAGUCUUAUGCAGCACAUCCAGUCCCAUUCCUUCAGUGACAUACCGUCUCCCAUCCACAGAGCAGCCUUGGAUAUUGACUUUCAUGGUUUGGAAUAUGCAACCGAAGCUGGAAUACACACAUCCCAGCAAUGUCUCCUCGGUAGUCGAGGGGAAGUACUCUCGAUAAUACAAGACUUGACCAUGUUCACAAAAGAGGAUGCAAAGAAAGUUUUCUGGUUGUCCAGGAUGGCUGGAACUGGCAAAUCAGCAAUUGCACAUACCAUAGCCCGGUGGUCGCGUCAACGCGGAAGUCUUGGGUCUUGUUUUUGUUUUACUCUCGUGCAAAAGGGGGGCCACCGCAACAAGAUAUUCAGUACCAUCGCGAUAGACUUGGUCAAUCGUAACCCUCUCGUGCGUCGGACAUUGGCGCGACUCUACGAAGAUGAUAGGCUCAGAUAUACCGGAGACCCCACGCAGCAAUGGAAGAAGUUUAUCAUGGAACCAAUUAAGGAAGCUUGUAAGGCCACUCGUGCGCCCAUAUUGAUUAUUAUCGACGCACAGGACGAAAGCGACGCGGGGGAUACCCGUAAGCUGAUACUUCAGGGGCUUUCCGCAGCUGCUGAGAGGCCGCCCAACAUCCGCGUACUUAUGACAUCUCGUCCACUUCCCAACAUCUACUGUGCUCUUCGUUAUCAGCAGCAUGUUCAACACGUCUCCUUAGAUGGCGUUCCACCAGAAUUGACCAGACGUGAUGUGGAGCAGUAUGUCGCUGCUAAGCUGGCAGAUUUGCGCGUUUUUCAGGCGGAAGACUACGUCGCACUAGGACAAAUGUUGAACGGUAAUUUUGAAUGGGCUCGUCUCUCCUGCGAAUAUAUCACGGAUAGAAUGUCAAUGGAGCCCAAUCCUAGAAUUCGCUUCGAUGCCGUAAUCGCUGCGACUUCUGGAACACGAAACCUAUUGGAUGAUAUGUAUAAGCUCAUUUUGACGCAGGUCAUGCAGAGAGAGGGACGGUUGGAUGCUCUUCUUGUGUUUUGCGCGGUGAUGGGACAAGUACUGGCAUUACUAGAACCACUCUCAAUGGCAUCGUUAGUUGCGAUGCAAAGGCACGUUUCUCCAAAGGAUAGCGUGGACGUGGAGUCGGUCAUAUGCUCUCUGGGGGCGCUUCUCACCGGCAUCACGGAUGACAAGACACCCAUUCGGCCGUUGCACCCAUUGUUCUACGAGUUUCUAAUGGACAAGGCUGUGACCGAUUUGAAGGCACACGUAGAGAGAGCAAAAUUUGAGCCUUCCCUUGCAAUGGAUAUCGAAUACUUUUUCGCCAAUGAGCGCGUGCUUUUCUACCUCGAGGUGUUAAGUCUUACCCAGAGCCUUAGCGGUACGGCAAGGGCGCUAGCAUCGAUUGUACCGUGGUUCAGGGAUUAUGGGAACAGUACUCAGGCCUGGAAUGCCAUAACGGACAUGGAACAAUUCGCGCAAACGUUCACAACGACAAUGCAACGAAGUACACCCCACCUUUAUUUAUCAGCUCUACCGUUUGCCUCGACCGCGACCCAAGCAAUUCAAAGAUUCACUGCUAAAUUUCCUGGUGCGAUUAGAACCGUCACUAAGUCGGUGGAUAAAGGGCUAUCUCUGCAGAAAGUGCUUCAUGGUCAUACCGGCUGGGUCACCUCUGUCGCUAUCUCGCACGAUGAGCGAAUCGUGUCCGGUUCGUAUGACAUGACCAUUCAAGUAUGGGAUGCAGACGUGGGACAGCAAUUAGGCUUGCCUCUCAAACGCAAUAAAGGCUGGAUCUUGUCCAUCGCAAUCUCGCAGGAUGGGCAGCGGAUCGUCUCCGGUGCAUCUGACAGUAUCAUCCGAAUAUGGAAUGCGUACACAGGGCAGCAACUUGGCUCGCCUCUCAAAGGCCACAACAGCUGGGUCAGAGCGGUCGUAUUUUCACAUGACGGGGGGCGAAUUAUAUCCGGCUCAGCUGACAAGACCAUUCGAAUAUGGGACGCGUACACAGGGCAGCAACUAGGUUCGCCUCUCAAAGGCCACACACACUGGGUCCAAUGUGUUGCGAUCUCGUACGAUGGGACACGAAUCGUGUCUGGUUCAGCUGACACGACCAUCCGAGUGUGGGAUGCGGGCAGAAGGCAGCAAAUUGGCCCGCCUCUCACAAGGCACACUCACUUGAGAAUUGUAUCUGGUUCGGCUGACAAGACCAUUCGAGUGUGGGACGCAAAAACGGGGCAGCAACUGGGCAUGCCUCUCAAUGGCCACACGGAGCUUGUCAGAUCUGUCGCAAUCUCAUACAACGAUCGGCGAAUCGUGUCUGGUUCGUAUGACAAGACCAUCCGAGUGUGGGACGCGGAUACGAGGAAACAACUGGGCCCGCCUCUUGAAGGCCAUACAGCAUAUGUCACAUCUGUCGCAAUAUCGCGCGAUGGGCAGCGAAUUGUGUCUGAUUCAGACGACCUGACAAUUGGAGUGUGGGACACAACUGAUAGUCUGCCUGCUGUACUGGGUCCCGACCCAGCUCAUAGAUCGGUCACAGAAGCCUGCUCCGGGGAACACUUUAGUGUCCCUUAA